UGCGUGGUGCGUGAGGGCGUGAGGGCGUGAGGCGUGAGGGCGUGAGGGCGUGCGGGAGGGCGUGAGUGCGUGAGGGCGUGAGGCGUGAGGGCGUGAGGGCGUGAGGGCGUGGUGCGUGAGGGCGUGGUGCGUGGUGCGUGAGGGCGUGAGUGCGUGCGGGAGGGACGUUGCCUUCGGAAGGCCGACUGUCAAAGUAAAGCAGGGAGGGAGGGAAGGAAGGAAGAUAUACGGCUUGUCGUUCGUGGGCAAUGUACGAGCUGGCGAUCCUGAGGUGCAACCGUAGAAAGGAACAACUUUUCAAAUCAUAUAUGGUUCUACAAUCCUGAGUGCCUCAAAUAUAUUGUAUAUUGUUUAUUAAUUUGGAGAGAAUGGGGACUCCUGGUGCUGGAAGAAAACGAACACCUAUUAAAGACAGAUUCUCAGCUGAAGAUGAAGCACUGAGCCAUAUUGCGAGAGAGGCAGAGGCCAGGCUUGCAGCUAAACGAGCAGCCCGAGCAGAAGCAAGAGAUAUUCGCAUGAAAGAACUGGAGCGGCAGCAGAAAGAGCUUUAUCGCUCAUCUAACAGAAAAUGGGGAGAGAUUCACCAGUGGAUGGAGAAUACGGAACGUGCUAAGCAUUCUUUUAGGCCUCACCAACAUUAUCUGACAGCUGAUGAUGCCUUUUCUGUUCGAAGUGCAAGCAGCCAAAGGCACCCCUCCCUUGAUGUGGGUGUGUCUUACAGAAGCAGCUCAAGGCAAAAAGAUCUUGGGUCAUUAUCUCGUGACAAAGACAAGUCUGCUCAACUCAAGAAAACCUCACGAUCUAGUUCAGUUUACAGCAAUGCUCAGGCAGCCAGGAAGAAGCUCUCAACUUCCAGUAAUGAUAUCUUGAGUGGCAUAUACCACGACAAAAGGAAGUACAGCACCUUGUCUAGCUCUAAAUCUUUCUCUUCCUCUUAUACUCGGCCUUCCUCUCUGUACAGUGCACCAAUCAUAACAACCAAGAGUUACAGGGCAUCUUAUGACACCGGACUAACUCGAAGUCAGAGUUUGGCAUCAUUGAAUGAUGAGGGACUUCACAGUCGUGAUUGGAGAUAUAACUCAAGAACUCCAACUGGAAGCAGCUUUGCUUCCCAAGCAAGCUCAAUGCAUAAUAGCCCAUGGAAUUCAGAUGAUGAAACAUUGAGCACCAUGUCCCAAGAUAGCCAGGAGCAUUGUGACAAUAUGUCACCUGAUUUUUCUGAUCAGAGUGGAUCAACAGCUGCCUAUUUUAGUCGUUCAAGCCGCAGGGGAAGUGUGAUCUCCGACUUUGAUGAUCUUACUGUCCCAGAUCUUUCUAGUUUGGAUGAGAAGACAGAAUCAUUUUCCCGACCAGCAUCUCGAAAUGCUGUUUCAGGCUUGUCAGCAGCCACAUUGGCCUCACUUGGGGGACCCUCCUCACGGAGAGGCAGUGGAGAUAUGAGCAGUAUUCUGGAUCCUGAUGUUUCACUUAGUGAAAUGCGGGAUAUCUAUGAACUUAAGGACCAGAUACAAGAUGUAGAGGGGCGAUACAUGCAGGGAUUAAAAGAACUUAAGGAUUCUUUAUCUGAAGUUGAAGAAAAAUAUAAAAAAGCUAUGGUCUCUAAUGCACAACUAGAUAAUGAUAAAUCAAAUCUCAUCUACCAAGUGGACACCCUAAAAGAUGUAAUUGAGGAGAUGGAAGAGCAGAUGGCCGAACUAUACAGAGAGAAUGAGGACAAAUCUAAGGAACUGGAACGACAGAAACAUAUGUACCACGUGUCACAACAUAAAGUAGAAGAAUUAAAAGAAGGUAUUCGGCAAAGAGAUGAACUUAUAGAGGAAAACAAGUGUAUGCAGCAGAGGGUGGACACCCUCACCAGGGAAGUGUUUGAUCUGCAGGAAACUGUCAACUGGAAAGACAGAAAAAUUGGGGCUCUAGAGAGGCAAAAAGACUACUUUGACUGCAUUAGGAAUGAGCGUGAUGAACUCAGAGAUGAAUUGGCUGAUCUGAGGGAAAGAAAAAAGAAUCAUGGUUUAGUGAUUAUUCCAGAAAGUACACCGAAUGGUGAUCUAAACCAUGACCCUGUUGUCGGUGCGAUUACAGUGGUGUCUCAGGAAGCUGCGCAUGUGCUUGAAGGUGCAGGUGAUGGGCCAUUAGAUGUGCGGCUAAAGAAACUGGCGGAUGAAAAGGAAGAAUUACUUACACAGAUCAGAAAACUGAAAUUGCAAUUGGAAGAGGAACGACAGAAAAGCUCUAAGGUUGAGAAUGUGCUCACGGAUUCUGAUCGAUUAGAAAAUGGCACAGAUUUACAAAUCCUUGAAAUGCAGAGAGAUGCCAAUCGGCAGUUGAGUGAAUACAAAUUUAAACUGUCAAAGGCUGAACAGGAUUUUGCCACUGUUGAACAAAAUGUUGCCAGACUUGAAGGGCAGUUGCAUCGUUAUAAAUCAGCAACAGAAAACUCAGAAAAAGUAGAGGAUGAACUUAAAGCAGAAAAGAGAAGGUUGCAGCGAGAGUUGCGAUUAGCAUUGGAUAAAAAUGAAGAGAUGGAAAUGACCAAUAGCCACUUGGUGAAGCGGUUAGAGAAGAUGAAAGCCAAUCGAAAUGCACUCCUCUCUCAGCAAUAGAGAUCGAAGAGCUAAUGCACUGCAUCUUAAACUAAUCCAACCUCCACGGGUUGCUCGUUGGCCCAACCACUACCAAAUCCUGAAAGAUAUUACCUUUAUGGCCCUGGAUUUAUAAAUGUUGACAGAAAGAUUUUGUAAUUUAUGAAAGAACAAAGGUAUUAUCUAAUGCCGAUAUGUUUGAUAAUUGUUAAUUAUAUUACCUCUUUAGCUCACUGGGUUAAUUAUAUUCCUUGAUGGGUUGUGUUCUUGGUAUGAGUGAUUAACAGAUAAAUAUGAAUUGUUCAUAGCUUUUUAGUACAUCAGAUUAAUUUCCAUAAACCUUUCUGCUGAGAAUUGCUUAAAGACCUUGAAGUACUGCAUGAUCUGAAAUGAUACGAAGAUAAUCUUGCAACUUCCGUUUGAAAAUUUGACUGCUGUUUAUUAGCCAAACAGGAAUUCCCACUACACAUUUAAAGUGCCUUUUCCACAGUGCAAUGGAGAUUAUUUUGCCUAAUCAACAGAAUUGAUGGGCCAUUCAUUUUUUAAGAAAAAACUAAAUACGUAAGUUUCUGAAACGGGUAUUUGCCAAAAAUGAUACUUAAUUUUCCAUAAAUAGCAUUUUUGUAUUAUAUACAAUUUACGCAAGUAAAUAAACGGACCGUAGGUAAGUUUUGAAUCUGUUUGAAUGACCACUUGUAGUUUUAAAACACGGAAAAAGAAAACGCUGCUCCUCACUGCAUUCAUUCAAGAAAAACAAAUGGGAAAAGUAUUGGACUGCCUCUGCACAACAUUGCAUAUGUAGCUUGUUUGUAAAUGUUUGGUCUUUGAGAAGACAGGCUUGUGAAUGAGGGGUUUGACAUUAAAUGUAAUUGUGGACACUUUAUAUGCCACAACCAAA